GCGGGCGCAGUGCGCUGGGCGACGCGGGGCCUGCGGGCUGCUCAGGGCUGCGGGCGGCCGCCGCCCGCCUUCCCUCACGCCUCAGCUGGCUUACCGGCUCCUUCCCUUUGUGUUCCGCUGCCGCCAUGCCGCGCUGCCCCGCGUCCGCCCCGCUGCCGCCCGGCGGCCUCCGCUCGUCGCCGCGCCGCUGAAGGAGGGGGAGGAAGAAGAGGAGGAAGCAGCGAGGAGGAGGUUGCCCGCGCGCCCGCCGCCUCAUGCCGCCACCCUGUCCCGCCGCCAGCCCGCGGACCUGCAUGGACGGGCAUGGGGAGAGCUGCGCCUUCCCGCGCCCCCGGGGCUGAGCUGCUGCGACGCCGCGGGCCCCCCCGCCCGUCGCUCGCCGCCCUCGGCCUACUCGCCGGCCUGGGGUUGCUGCUGGGCUCAGGUGACUGCCAGCUGCAAACAUCUUGUCGAAUCCAGAAAUGCACCACCGAUUUUGUGUCCUUAACUUCAUAUCUAAACUCGGCUCUCGAGAGCUUUGAUUUGGAGUUCUGCAAGGCCCUGCGAGCGUACUCUGCCUGUACCUAUCGCAAUUCCAAAGUAUGCCGUGGAAACCUAGACUACCAUUCUGCAGUGCUUGGGAUCAGCGACCUCAUGAGCCAGAGAAACUGUUCCAAAGAUGGACCCACAUCCUCCACCAACCCUGAAUUGACCCACGAUCCCUGCAAUUACAGUGGCCACACAGAAGCCAGGAAACAUCAGGGAGUGGAGAAGACUCCUCCUCCUACUUACCUAUUUUGUGGCUUGUUUGGUGAUCCUCAUCUGAGGACUUUUAAGGAUCACUUCCAGACGUGCAAAGUGGAAGGCGCUUGGCCCCUCAUAGACAAUAACUACUUAUCAGUGCAAGUGACCAAUGUGCCCGUGGUUCCAGGAUCCAGCGCUACUGCUACAAAUAAGAUAACUAUUAUCUUUAAGUCAUACCAAGACUGUACAGAUCAAAAAGUAUAUCAAGCAGUGACAGAUGACUUGCCUGCAGCUUUUGUUGAUGGUACAACAAGUGGAGGUGAUGGGAACACCAAGAGCUUGCGAAUUGUGGAGAAAGUCAGUGGCAAAUACGUUGAAAUGCAUGCCAGGUACAUCGGGACCACAGUGUAUGUACGCCAGCUUGGGCACUACUUAACAUUGGCCAUUCGCAUGCCUCAAGAGUUGGUCAUGGCCUAUGAGGAGAGCCAGGAUCUGCAGCUGUGUGUGAAUGGUUGCCCUUCAAGUGAACGUAUUGAUGAUAGUGGCCACUUACCAUUGCCUGUGAUGGGGCAGUUGCUCCCUCAAAGUGGUGCUGCUCAUCCCCGGUCAGUGUACACACUGGAAACUGCCACCACCAAAUGCCAUGAGAAGAUGCUGGUGAAGGACAUCUAUUUUUACUCAUGUGUAUUUGACCUACUCACCACUGGUGACGCUAACUUCACGGCUGCUGCUCACAGUGCCUUGCAGGAUGUGGAGGCACUGCACCCCAGAAAAGAACACUGGCAUAUCUUUCCCAGCAGUGGAGGUGGUGGUGUGGGCAAGGAUAGCGAAUUCUCUGUUGGUCUUGGACUUGUGUGUUUGAUCCUUGUUGUGUUUUUGUAGAGUUUUUUUGUCUAUAACAAAGUUUUGAAAUAUAUAUUGUCAUAAUAUAUUGAGUAAAGAUGAGUAUAUGUGUAUAUACCAUGUAUAUGAAGGGAUGUUUUGUCUUGGGACACCAACCAGGCUGUACAUAUUGUGUUAACUGUUUUCAUGUAUGCGUGAUGUAGUAUUCUUUGUAUCUAUUUGUUUUGCAGUUGGUGAAAUGUUUUAUAAUGUCCCUGCAUUGGGACCUGAUAGAAAGCACUUUAUUUUUUAUAUAUUAAAUAUUUAUGUGUGUAUUUGAGUAAUGAUGUAUUAUAUAUAUAUAAACAUGUGCAUACAAUACUCAGUGUUCCCUCUAAGUAGUGCUUGGUUUAACACAUUUUUUUUAACUGCAUUAAUUUGUGAGUUUUUUUCUAUCAUUUCUCUUACUCUAGAGACAGCAUGUCUCUUGUCCUGUAAUGACAUUGGUGAUUUGCUGGCUUCACUAGUUAAAAUCAUUACUAAUGGAAUUGUAUUCUGUCCCUCAAGUAAAUGGCCAUCCCUUCUUUGGAGGGAGAAAGUAAAGUGCUUCUUCCCAUUAGCUCAGAUGACCAUAACAGGAACUACAGAACCUUCUUCGCAAUUCUGACAUUUCCUAGUUUCAAAAGGAGAAAAGGGAGUGCAUUGGAGACUUAACGUAGCUUUAUGGAACCAGUGGAGAGAUCACUUUAAAAGAUAUUAAUGGUCUAGUUGUGUAGGCAUGCAACAUAACUAUUGCAGCUGCCUCUAACGUCAUGGGUUAAGUCACUCUCCAGGAAUGGAGAAAUCACAAGCCUGAAUUCUGUCCCUUGCUUAGGUGCUAAUUCUAUCUAUACAUUGAGAAGGAGGAGGGGAGGAAGGCCACAGGCUCUGACUACUUUUACUGAGGAGCUAGGAGAAGAAUGAUUUGGUGGCCUGAAGAUUGGUUUUACUAGUGCCUUAAUCUGCUGCAAGAAAUGGAAGUUUUAAUACACGCUACUAUAAACUCAGCUCCAAGGUGGGCAUAUUUCUCUCGUAAAACGGUUCAUCUGAGACUGGACAGGUAUGUUAGAAGUACUAUCUGAAUAAGACUGAAAUAACACUGAGCUAGUGUUUACCUUGAUGGAGGGAGACGGAGAUUAUUCAUGGACUGAAAGCUCCUAGUUUUCAUGAAGACUCUUUUGGCUUGGUUAGGGACUGUUGACUGGUAAGGACAGCAUUAGUCUUCUCAAAGAAACUAGUUAAUUCCUUGUAUGGAUGGGUAACUGCAUACAAGUGUUAUUCUGGGAAUACUUGAGAUGAAAGUCAUCAGAACUGAGUUAAGGCUGAAGGUAAAACUUUAUUUUAGACUAGACUAUUGGCAGCUCGUUCUGUCUGUGCUCUCUGAUGGUGCUGUUUUGGACGAGUCAGACUUGGGGAUUUAUGGUGUGUCUGAUUAUGUGACUCCUGCGGUUUCACCUGGUAGUGACAGGCUUCUCCCUGUUUCAUGUGGCUGUACUUCCUCAUCAAUGCUCUGAACUUAAAGUUCUCUUAGGUGACAGCUGAUGGAUGAACCUAGUGUUGCUUGCAGUGGUGCACGUACUUAUUGGGCAGGUACCACCUACUAGUAAGUUUCAUCUGUCCUGGAUCCUAUUUGUAUAUACAUAUAUAUGUGAUCUAUAUGUCUACUAGCAUUGAGUUGUGAGCCUCUUGGAUAAAUAGUAUUUCAGAGUAUUAUUCCUAAAGAAUAUUAUUCCUAAAGAAUACCUAAAGAGUUUUGCAUUUUCUUGUUCCUGCUGUGAGAUUUCUUGAGAAAAUGUUAUUUGCACAUGUUCAUUCUUGAAGUCUGCCAUCACCAAGAGAGCUUUAGUUAAUGCCAAACAUGUGGAUAUUUUGAAGCUAGUGAAUAGUCUCUGGAGACAACUUAAGCUUAGAGGGAAUGCUUUUUUCACAGGCCCUCUAAAUGGCUGUCUUUUAGAAGGCUACAGAUAUUUAUUUUUUUUCAUGCUUGGAAACCCCACAAUGUGUCAGUCUUUGCAAAACCUUUUAGAUGCGGUUCAUGAAUAUACCAGUAAGUAUAUGUUCGUGUAAAAGAGAGGCUGUGCAGUGUGUAAAAUAAAUCAUGAUAAAAGAAUAAAGUUGCCUACCCUGCU